AGUCGGACGGGCGAGUGACAUGGCUGAAGAUGCGGCGCUCGGCAUUGUUGAGGCCGGGGAACUCAUCUGGGUCGUCGCUGUCGGGUGGCCCAUGGGGGACGGGGAUCUCGCCGGGGAUGGCGUCGAUAUGGUGUUGGUGGACCAUGGCGAAUUAUGUCUUAAUCCCGGGGGGGGGGGGAUUUAUGGUUCUUUUUGGGGGGGGGGGGAAAUGCUGAGAAUGUGGUUGGCUGGCACCUAAGAGAUGUGUGGCUGGCCAGUGGUGGUUGGUGAGGGGUGCAAGUAUGCGACUGUCUAAGUGACUGUCUAAGCAAGCGAUGGCUCAAUACCAAGAGCGGAAAGAGACGGAGGGCGACUGGAUAUUUAAAAGCCAAGUCGACUGAAGAGGAAGGAUUGAAGUCGAUCCAAGGAUGGUGAGCUUGUCUCGGCAAGACAGAGACUCCAGAAACAGCAGCGACGGUGGGCAGUAUUUGAACAAGACGGCGGCGUCGAGGACCAAAGUCAAUGGCAUGCGACAAGACGCACCUGGGCGAAGCAUCGCGAGCUGGAAGCAGCCAGUCAGAGGCAGCAGAGCAACACCGUGGGCAAUCCUCUGGCUCGCAGCUUCUUCUGCAAAGGCCUUUGCCCGAGCGGACGGCGGGUGGUCCAUCAGAUCCAUGGUACAUAGCGGCAGUACUCCGUCCGGCGCAAGCCUCAGAGAAACGUGCCUAGGACCGGGAAGCAGGGGGGCGAACGCCGAGAGAUCCAGGCGAGAUCCCAGCCAGGCCAUGGAUGGACAAGCAUUUGGCAGACUCGAGCCGGCGUGGACAGGCGUGGGCAGGCCAUUCGCAUUGCUGGUUCCCCACCGCGCUGGGGCCGUGGAUUCCAGGUUGACUGGAAUGGAGCACAACGGCGGAUCCUAUGACGAAGCCGGCCGAGUCGUAGCAGAGCGGCGCGGACGAAGAGGGCAAAUGCGCGCGUGA